AUGCCGAGAGUCCUCGUCGACGUCGCGGCGGCCGCGGGCGGCGGCGGCUUCGUGCUGGCUCAGUGGCUCGCGCUGCUCGGCGCGGCUCUCCUCUCCGCCUGCGUCGCGGUGUUCCUCUGCAGCUCCUCGAGCACGCAGGGAGGCGGCGGCAAGGCGCCGGUGCCGGCGCAGGAGAUGGCGGACAGGAGCGCGGCCGCGUCAUCCACGACGAGGCAGGGCUGCGAGGAGGCCCCGACGCCGGUGACCGCGUCCAGGGGCGCCGCCACGGCGUCGUCGGCGUCGACGAGCGGCGGCGGUGAUCUCGAACGAGGCCGCCGCGGCUGCUGCGUCUGUGCUGGAUGGCCCGACUGCGGUCCGUCCGGUGGCCCGUGUUUUUACAGCGGGUUCGGCUCCGAAGGCGGCGAUUUCAGCUCCUGCUGCUGCUGCGACGGUUGCGACUGCGGCGGUUGCGGCUGCGACUUUUGCGGCGGCGUGGAUUUCAGCUCCUGCUGUUGCUGCUGCGACUGCGGCGGCGUGGAUUGCAGCGGCGUGGACUGCGGCGUCUGCGUGGACUGCAUCGGCGGCUGCUGCGGAGCUUGCAUGAUGCUCCUGGAGUCGUGCUAG